GAUGUCCUCCUCCUCCUCUUCCACCACCUUCACCACCAGCUCUUCCUCCAGCUCCUCCACCUCCACCUUCUCCCUGAGCUCCACCAAGCUGCGCAAAGUCUCUCCGGCCUCCUCCAGGAUCCUAGAUGAGCACUCUGUGGUGCAUCGUAAAACUUCGGCAGUGGCGGAGUCCUUCAGCCAGGUGCAGAAAUCCCUCCAGAUUCCUGAGGGAGAGUCUGUCCCAGAUUUCGAGGAGAAACUGCGCCCCAUCACCGCUCAAGAGGGUGACAAGGUUGUGUUCAAGGCCAAGGUGACGGGGAAGCCUGAACCCACUGUGACCUGGGAAAGAGCCAGUGGGUGCCCGCUGUCUGACCAGACCAUGACUUUCUACGACAACAUCAACAAUCAGCACAUGCUCAAGAUCAAAAGUCUGGUCCUGGAGGAAGCUGAUGUCUACAAGUGUAUUGCCUCCAAUGUGCACGGAGACGCCAUCUACUCCGUAUCCCUCACUGUUACAGAGAAUCCAGCGAUGGACCUCAAAAAGAUGCUGAAGAAACGCAGUGUGGAGAAGAGAGAGGAGAAGAAGCCACCUACAGAGGAGGAGAUGUUAAAGAUCCUGUCUGGAGCUGACAAGAAGGACUACGAGAGGAUUUGUGCCGAGCACGGCUUUACCGACUUCAGAGGAAUCCUCAAGAAGCUCAAGGAGAUGAAGAAGAAAGAGGAGGUGGAGAUGGUGAAGGUGUUGAAGCCGCUGGAGAACAUCACUGCCAAGAUUGAUACCAAUGUCGUGUUCGACACCAUCCUGGAACUGAGGGAUCCGAACACCAAGAUGCGCUGGUUCCUGGGCACGGAGAUGCUGAGGAUCCAGUACUCUCUUGGGAAAUAUGAAGUGAAACAGAUGGGAACCAAGCACAUGCUGUGUGUCUCCAGCGUGGGCCUCGGUGACAUGGGCACCUACACUCUGCAGGUCGGAGACAAGACUCUGUCAGCCAAGCUUACCGUCAUAGACGAGCCUCUGAAGUUCCUGUCUGACUUCAGCCCCAUGAGGGUGACGGAGCGCCAGACUGCUGUGUUCGAGGUCCGCCUCUCCAAGAAGACAGAUUCACCGCUCAUCUGGAAGGUAAAGGGAAAGGAGGUAAAGAGAGAUGAGAAGUUUGAUGUGUCUCUGUCGGAGGACGGCCUGACCUACACCCUGAAGAUUAAAGACGUGAAAGCCAGCGACACUGGAGACUACACCAUCAGCAUCGGAGACCUCACCGCCACCGUGCCGCUUUUCAUUGAAAGAAUUCCCAUCAAGUUUAUCCGGCCCUUGAAGAACGUACGUGUCAAGGAGAAAGCCCAGGCCCACCUGGAGUGCGAGAUGAGCUCCAAGGACGUUCACAUCCGCUGGCUGAAGGACGGGCGUGACAUCACGGGCAGGGCUUGCUAUGUCUUCCUGCAGGAGGGCAAGAGGGCAGAGCUUAUCAUAGAUGACUGUGAACUGGAGAACGAGGGAGAGUACGCCAUAAUGUGUACUCAGGACAACGACACACACGAGUAUAUCAGUUCUGCCAACCUGACCGUGGAUGAGCGUUUUGCCAUCGUGACGAGUGGCAUGUCAGAUGUUCAGUGUCCAACAGGCUCCCCUGCAGAACUGUGCGUUGUCCUGAAUGAUGAGAAGCUGGACGGCGUGUGGCUUAAGGACGGAGUGGAGAUUUCAGAACUGCAUGGGGUUCAGGUGGUCAAACAGGGAGCGGUCCACAAGCUGCUCUUCAGUGGGGUCUCCGAUGGCCACCAGGGCAAGUACACCUUCAGAGCCAAGGGGGCCGAGAGCGAGGCUGUUCUCGCCAUUGCAGACCCUCCAGAGAUUGACUCCUCGGUGCUGGACUUGCUGGGGGCCCGGCCUGUGACAGUGAAAGCUGGCCAGACAGCCACUAUUAAAAUCCCCUUCAAAGGCAGACCUCCUCCCAAGGUCACCUGGUACAAGGACGGACUGGAGGUCAUGGAGGAUGAGCGGACCAAGGUGGAGCGAGCAGCUGACUCCACCACGCUGGUGCUCAGCAGAUGUGUAAGAGAGGACAGCGGUGCGAUCAUGCUCCGUUUGAAGAGUGACUGUGGCACCGCUGUUGCCAACCUGCACCUCAAUGUGAUUGACCACCCUAAGAUGCCUCAAGGCAAAGUGGAGUUCCUGGAGCGAUCGAGAAAGUGUAUCAAGAUGAAGUGGAAGGCUCCCCGGGACAAUGGGGGUAAACAGGUGACCAGCUUUGUGAUUGAACGGCGCCUGGCGGGUAAGAAGUCCUGGUUCAGGGUGGGCGAGGUGGACAGCGGCACCACCGUCUUCAGCGAUGACAAGGUGGACGAGGGCCAGGCGUACCAGUACCGCAUCAGGGCCGUCAACUCUGAGGGAAUGAGCGAUCCUCUUGAGACGGAGGAGGUGUAUGCUGGAGAGCCCAUAGAGCCUCCGGGAAUGUCGUCCCAGCCCCAAGUGUCGAACAUCACCAAGGACGCCAUGACAGUGAGCUGGACGCCCCCAGCCAGCGACGGAGGAGCCCCUGUGCUGGGCUACAGCCUGGAGAGGAGGAAGAAGGGCAGCAACAUGUGGGUCCAGGUCAACAAGGAGCUGCUCACAGAUACCAAGUGUGUGGUGGAUGGGCUUGUGGAUAAUGUGGAGUAUGAGUUUCGAGUGAUCAGCGUGAACAGAGCCGGAGCAGGCAGCCCCAGUACGGUUUCUAACGCCGUCCUCGCCAAAGACCCCAUACGAGCUCCUGGCCUGGUGAGGGACCUGUGUGUGUCUGACUCUUCAAACUCCUCCAUUUCUCUGAGCUGGAAAUCCCCAGAACAGGGAGACGAGCCCUCAGGCUAUAUCCUCGAGGUUCGCCCUGAGGAUGCUAAAGAAUGGAUGAAGGCCACUAAGAUCCCAAUUGCGGGUACUACCUUCACCGUGGGAGGUCUUCAGGAGCGCAUGAAGUACUUCUUCCGUAUCCGGGCUGUCAACGAGGGAGGGGUGGGAGAGUCCACUGAGCUGUCAGAGGGUGUAUUGGCCAUGCCCCCACCUGAGGCUCCCAAGUUUGCCCUCCAGGGGAAAAUGAUGAACCAGAUGGUGGUCCGUGCGGGAUCGGCUCUCUGCCUUCAACUCAGCUUCACUGGUUCCCCUCCUCCUGUGGUAACCUGGCUCAGGGAUGGCAUCCGCACCAGCGGCAGGGAGAUCAUAACCAAGAGCAAAAAUCACUCCCAGUUCCUUAUCUCCUCCUCCCAGCGAUCUGACUCUGGUAUCUACCGCGCCCACCUCAAGAACGACUAUGGAGAGGUUUACUACGACAUUAACGUCAAAGUUACAGACUUCCCACGACCCCCGAAGAACCUUCGCCUGGUCGAGGAGGUCCCAGGCACCGUGACCCUGCACUGGGAUCACACCCCAGACCUGGCCAGUGACGAUGGAUCUCACUACGUCAUCCUCAAACGAGACAUCAGUACUCCUUCUUGGUUCACUGUGGCUGAGCGUGUCUUCAGCAACAAGUACACUGUCACCGGGCUGCUUCCCGGGAGGAAGUACUUCUUCCGGGUCAUCGCGCAGAAUUCGAUUGGAGACAGCGAUCCUCUAGACUCAAAGGAGCCUCUGAUCAUUGCCAAGGAGAAAGAGCGCAUCAGCGGCCUUCUGUUGAAGGCGUAUUCCCCCCCACCACGUCAGGUGAAGCCUUCCUUCCUCCUUCCGCUGAAGGACCACGCUGUUUGCAGAGGCUACGACUGUACCAUGAGCUGUGCCUAUCAGGGCAUGCCUACUCCACAGGCGUGCUGCUAUAAGGGAGAAUCAAAGAUCUCAGACUCCCCUCGGUUUUGGCAGAGUACAGCUAACGGAGUGUGUACUCUCGUCAUCCCUACCUGUGGAGCUAAAGAUGGCGGAGAAUACACCCUGGUGCUGGAAAACCCACUGGGCAUGGCCAAGUGCUCCUGCAAGCUGGUGAUCUUUGAUAAGGAUGACAAGGGACUUCUGGAAAGCCUGACCAAACGUACAAACAAAGAGAAGCUUAUCUCAUAAGAUGACUGCGUGAACUCCUUACAGCUACUAAAAAAAAUGACAGAAGAUACAAUUUAAUUAGCCAGAGACCUUAUACGUAUUGUUGCCAUUUACAAGAGUUUUGGUUAAAAAAUAAGAGUUUUAGAAGUAGAAAGUAUAUCAUUCAUAUUCUGAUGUGAACAUCUGUUUUUGGUUCAUUGUCAUUUGUUCAAAAUAGAUGCCUGUAUGAAUUUUUCUUGACUUAGGUAAUACACUAAAUGAACACUAGAGGUCACACAAAUUAAUGUGUGGUUCUCUUUAUUCAGCUCACUCAGUCAGUCCUUUCUGUCUGUCUGUCUGUCUGUCUGUCUCUCUCUCUGUCUCUCUCUCUCUCUCUGUCUCUGUCUUACUCUCUCUCUCUCUCUUUAGUCACACACUCUUUUCUUUGAACCAUAGCAGGCUCUGCUUCUCAUCUUUCUGCAUUCCAAGUAAACCAUAUCUUCCUGACUAAACUCGAAUUUCACAGCACUUGCUAUGUCAUCCCACUUGCUGAGCCAAAUGGAUUGGUUGUAAGUGAUAUUAGAAACAAAAAUCAUUCUGUUUAGCGAAACACGGU